CUCAGACCACUACCAGAAAGAACGCACAGAAGAGAACGACGUGUGUUCAUGUCUUACAUAAGGAUUGUGGAUGAUGGGCAAAAUUCCAAAAAAAGUGUAGUUUUCCUUUAAAGAGUUGACAGCCCAAGACUUUUAGCUCACUGGCUAGCGUUGCGUGGGUGACCACAGUUACACAUGCCCCUUAGAUCUGCUGGUUUAUGUUUAAUUUACAUGUGUAAUGGAUGUUAACAUAAAAGAUUUCAAUGUAACAAUAUAUAGUGCAUGUAGAAAUACUGAUGGGUUUUCACUGACAUUUUGGAUGUUCCAUGCUCGGACUGUACCAUCAGUCGAAGCACUGCAGACUGUGGUGGAUGCGCUCCAUAGGUCAGGACUAACAGGUGAGCUCCCCUUCAGGUAGACCAAGCCCACUAUGCUCCCUAAUGGAAGACAAGACUCAGACUGGAAUCGUUCUGCACUUAAAAAGCAGACUUAUGUCAGACCUGUGUGGCCCCGAAGACUUUCGCAGGCAUAUCCCCCAGUCCGCCCUUCCUUCAUUUUCGUCUCCAAAUGGGACCGUCGCACGAAGUAUGUCUUCCACGAGUGAUUGACGAGUGGGCUCGCCAACACAGCCUGGCUGCAAAACCCCCAUCGCUGCAGGCACAUCUUCCUGGGGCUUCUCCUCGGUGGUGGCCCUUGGAGCGAGUAUUAUCUGUAACAAAAUCCCCGGUUUGGCUCCCAGACAGCGGACUAUCUGCCAGAGUCGCCCCGAUGCCAUCAUCGUCAUCGGAGAGGGCGCGCAAAUGGGCAUCAACGAGUGUCAGUUCCAGUUCAAAAACGGGCGCUGGAACUGCUCGGCCCUGGGCGAGAGGACCGUCUUCGGAAAAGAGUUGAAAGUGGGAAGUAAAGAAGCGGCCUUUACGUAUGCCAUCAUUGCGGCAGGGGUGGCCCACGCCAUCACCGCUGCCUGCACGCAGGGUAACCUGAGCGACUGCAGCUGCGACAAAGAGAAGCAGGGUUUCUACAGCAGGGACCAAGGCUGGAAGUGGGGAGGAUGCUCGGCGGACAUCAGCUACGGCCUCAGCUUCUCCAAAGUAUUUAUUGACGCCCGGGAGGUUAAACAGAAUGCGAGGACGCUCAUGAACCUCCAUAAUAACGAGGUGGGACGCAAGGUCCUAGAGAAGAACAUGCGACUGGAAUGCAAGUGUCAUGGAGUGUCAGGCUCCUGCACCACCAAAACCUGCUGGACUACACUUCCCAAGUUCCGCGAGCUCGGCUACAUUCUCAAGGAGAAAUAUGCCCAGGCGCUGCACGUGGAACCGGUCAAAGCCAGCCGCCACAAGCGCCCUAAAUUCCUGAAGAUCAAGAAGCCAUACUCUUACCGGAAGCCUAUGGAUACAGACUUGGUGUACAUAGACAAGUCGCCUAACUACUGCGAGGCGGACACUGUGACGGGCAGCCUGGGGACGCAAGGGCGGGUGUGCAACAAGACUAUGAUGCAGCACAUCAGCGGCUGUGACUUGAUGUGCUGCGGCCGAGGUUACAACACGCACCAGUACUCCAGAGUAUGGCAGUGCAACUGCAAGUUCUUGUGGUGCUGCUACGUGAAGUGCAACACGUGCAGCGAAAGGACAGAGGUGUACACGUGCAAAUGAGAAUAUUUAUUGGACGGCGCUGGAGUGCAUGCGGUUGUGAAUGCGUGUGUGUUUUCUCAAUGGUCACGGACAAACUGGAUCCAUGCUGCACGAGGAGCUACUACUGAGACAUAUGUUGGAUGUGUUGGAAGACUUGAAGCUACAUGGACACGUGGUUAUAGGAAAUGGAAUACGGUGCACGGGAUGGCUGUGCCGUUCACACUGCUGUCUUUCACAUAGGGAAUGACUCAGCCAUGUGGAAUAUUUAACAUACUGUGUUUUAGAGAAUGGAGAUAAUUAAUAUUAAUUUAUUUGAUAAGAACUACUGAUUUUGUCCAUUAUGGGUAAAAAAAUAACUAAAUGUUGGGAGGGCUUAGUUUAUCAAAGGGAUCAGAAACUGUUAACACAGCGGAUUUAUUCAGUCCGCCUGGUGUUAAACUGGUGUCGGCUCCUCAUAUUAACUUGUGACCCGCUUACGUCUUCCCUUUUGUUUGCUGCUAGUCCCGAGAAUCCCAUUUGUUUAGGUCGAAGCUUCAAAAACACUGGCACAAUUUCCACUUUUGGUAAAUAUUGGUUCAUAGAGUAUAUUUUGUAAGAGCCUAUUUUUGUAUGGAUGUCUUAUUUAUAUCUGUUGCAUAAUAUUCAACGUUAAGCUCUGACACCUGUCUGUUAAAAAAAAAAAAAAAAAAAAGCUGAUGUAUGUUAGUUUGCCCCCUGCUGUCACUGCCGUGGUUGUGUAGUGUAAGUAAUAGAAGCUGUUUCUAUGUGUCUUGUUUACUGCAUUUCAUGACUACUACUGAUGGAAUACAGGAACAGAAUAACACCAACAAUGCAUGAUUUUCUUUGUGUUUCCUCUGGCGUCCAUUUAAAGCACGACAAUCCUGCUUUAACAUGCUAGGUUCAAUAUCAUGUUGAGGGUACAGUGGCUUGAAAUAACAGGAAUAAUGUCUCAGGAUGACAUACUUUAGUGGUGGAUAAUGUUGGUGGACCAACCAGGGCACGACAUAUUGUGUUAACUAGAGAUGCUCGAUAUUGGCUUUCUUACCAAUAUCCGAUAUUGACCAGCACUUCAUUAACGAUACUGAUAUCAUCCGAUACGGAAAUAGGCAGUAGCCUUUCCCUCAAACUUAUGUCGCCACUGGAUGCAUUUUACAAAUACAGUAAUCCCUCGCUACUUUGCGCAUUUCACAGCUUCACUGUACCACGGUUUUUCAAAAAUACUGUAUAUUAAAUAAUAAAUCAUGCUGUUUUGUGGUUAAACGCUGCCUAUUAUUAGUAACAAAUAUGCAUCUUUAAGCAAGUUUUACAUUUUCUUGCCUAAAUUAAGCGUUUUCAAGCUUAAAAAUGGCUAAAUGAACUAAAAUACAAAUACAAGGCAUUCAGAAGAUGCAUUCAAAUACAUGUUUUUGAUAUGUAGUAUUCUACACUGGUCAGUAGGUGUCAGUAAUGUUUCUGUAAUGUUUUGGUGAAACACCAGCUUUCAUCGCAAGCUUCAAUUAUCUCACAACAGGCACAGAAAUCCCCAACACAAGCUGCUGUUGCGGCAUUAAACCACGGCAAGCUCAAACUCAACUCUGAAUCCCCGACAUCACUUCCGGUCCUCUCACCCACUCAGCUCACCCAGCACCGGAACACAUUUACAGCAACACACAUAAGUACAAGUCUUAUUUAUGUCUUAAAUGGCUUAUUUUCUGUUAUUAUGUCUACUAAAUUGGGUAAUAUGAAUUCAAAAGUGACUAUAGGGAUGUUAUUUCAUGUCUAGAGGGCUCUAAUAAUGUUAAAAAUCGUAUUUAGAAGGUUGUAAACAGGUCUUCCAUUCUCUCGCUAAAAUAUAUUUGAUUAGAAAAAAGGAAUCCUACUUUGCGGGAAUUACGUAUCACGGUCGGGUUUGGAACCAAUUAACCAUGAUGAACGAGGACUUACUGUAAACACUUUGUGCAAAACAAGACAAAUACUGCAAUAUGCAGUAGAAGUUAUAGAAAAAAGCUAGUAUGUGUGACUUCCUCAGGUGUGAUGUGUAAAGAUUAGAAGUAGGGAUGCUCCGAUCGAUCGGCCAUCAAUCAGUAUCGGCCCAUUUCUGUGAAAAAUCACAAGAUAAAUGCCUUUCAAUGCCGAUCACAAAAGCUGACCACCUGUGGCGACUACUGUUGCAUCCUGCCUGCGUAGUAGUGUCUUGCCCUAACUAGCGUCUCGGGCAGCGUCCUCCCACCUUCCUUCACAGCGCGCAGGCGUGCCAAAACAAACAAUCAUGUCUGCCGUGUGGAACUUACCUGCCAACACAUGCCACGCAGCUCGUUAAAAAGCUUUAAUUUAAUAAAGCAUUUGAAGAACAAACGCAUGACGGAGUAUGGUGAGUUUUCAAGGCUCACGGUGCUAACGCAGCCAUGAGGCCAACCCUCGCCCGUGUGUGCGUGACAGUCAGAGGGCUAAGCUAAUAACCCCAAAAAUAAUUGAAUUAAAAAUAAUUCAUCGGAUGUGAUGACCAGACUUUCUCAGCGGCGGAAGACACCGUGUUCGCCGAGUGCGCUCUCCCUAGAGCUCCACCAAUGUAGUCUCACAUCCAAACUCCCCUUAAAGAAGGCGUCUCAUCCUCUGUAAGUUUCGCCAGCGAUAUACCGUAUGUUCUCUUGAAAAAGUAAGUCACAUAUGUUUUUGUCUAAAUUAACUUCAUUUUAUGGUUCCUUUUUUCAAACCAUACAGCCACUAGCAGGGGUGCAGCCAGAAAUUCUGGGUCCCAUGAAAAAAAAAAAAAUCACGUUUUCCCUGCCCUUUAUUAAUUCAUUACUAAUUUUAUAAGUUAUUGCCUAUUUUUUGGGCCCCCUGACAGUCAGGGGACCUUGGAAUUGUCCUGACUUUCCCCCUUUAUAUGGCACCCCUGGCCACUAGCACUCAACAUAAAUAUAUUCAAAAUGUAUAAUUAAUCCCUGUGAUCCCUGUAUCGGCCGAUUUCACUCCUGGAUGAUCGGUAUCGGAAUCGGCAGCAUAAAACCCUGAUUCGAGCAUGCCUAAUUGGAACUAGUGAGGGAAGACACCUUACCCCCCCUCACUUUACGUCAUGUUCUGAAUGACAGGUUGGACUUUAGUUUUGGCUUUCCUUAGUUUUCACAGUUUUUUUGUUUUGUCCUCUUAUUUUGGUUUUCUGUUUCCUGUUGCCGCGAUGUGCAGCUGUUUUGCGGUGGCUGGUAAGGAUGUGCGGCGUUUUUUGUUACUACUAUUUAGCUGGAGCCGCGCCGUGAGUUAAAGUGUAACACUUUACAGGCAUAUUGCAUAUUUACAAUCCAAGGGCGAAACUUCAAAAUAAUUCUAGACAACAAGCAUACUGAGCUAGCAGGUAUGAUGCUACGUGGAGCGCUCACUGACACACUCGGAAAAAAACCAUACCAACAUGAUCCAAAAUCUAACUUUUCUGCCAAUAUCGGCCAUCCCUAUUGUUAACGCUGAGUGCUAAUGUUACUCACGUCAAUUCUCUACUGUUCCUUUAAGUAAGCAGCAGUGAUGCAUAAAUGACAUAAAAACCCACAUUACUCAUUAAAUUGUGAUCAAUUGAGCAUUAGUCAUUAGUUUAACUUUCAGAUGAUGACAUAGGUUAAUUAUUAAUAGCAGCUCGGCUGGCAGUAGGCUCAUGAUGGGCCACUCAGAUUUUGCCAUGGUGAUAAAUCAUUGUAUCCUGCUAUGUUUGUGUCCAUGCAUACAAUGGCGACAGAAGUACAAGAGAUGUUCUGUGAGAGGGAAACGUUAUUCAGGGCUUAAUUGAGGGCCCAUCUUGCCGACUGGGAAGUGGUUGAAGGUGUCGAAGGAGAAGACGCGUUCUCUAAUAGCAGGGUACCGAUGUAAUUGAUGAGAAUAGUUGGGCUGACUGUGACGGUGAUGGCUUGCUCAGUCGUGGGAGUGGGAGCUGUCAGGUGAUAGAUGACUCGCACAUCUGCUUCAUUCACUUCUGGGCCGCUCGUUGCUACAACAACCUCAAUGUUGCUCAGAAAAUGCGGCGCAGUCUCCAAGAGAGGCCGGACGACGUGUCAGGGAAAUGUUAACGAUGCCGAAGCCCACAGUCGUUACGGAUUCCACUCUCAUCGGCAUGGGAGUGGAGCAAAGGGGUUCACGGUGCUGACGGAAAACACGCUCCUGGUCUUCUUUUGGGACUGAUAAAUGUGGCGUGUUUAGGUAUUCACCUGUGCUGCUUUUCUGUGCAAUUUCCCCAGGUUAAUUAACGGUAUUUUAGCCAUAUCGUGUGUCAUUGUCAGGGAUAAUCUGCCCAGGAGGAAGGAAAAAAAGAGGCAGCGAUGGGAACAAUAAGGAAGGCUUGUCACUUCUGACAAAAGCUUUUCAUGAUAUUGCCACAAAAGGUUCAUGGAAGACUAGGCAGCCGCUCCGAAAGCUCAGGUUAAACCUCAACAAUUUUUGUGCAUCACAUUACCUCAUGAACACUUACACAUCACUGUGUUUUUUUGUGGUACUUAUGGAGCAAACUAAUAGCUUCAAAAGGAUUUGGAUUUAAAGUCGUCCCUUGCCACUUUGCGCUUCAAAUCUUGCGGCUUCACUCUAUCCCGUUUAAAAAAAAUAAUACAUUAAUUAAUAAAUCAUCACUGUGGUUGACUAUAGCCUAUUAUUUGUCAAAAACAUACAUAUUGUAUGUAUUUUUGCCUAAAUUAAGCAUUUUCACGCAUAAAAAUGGCUAAAUGAACUAAGGUACAUAUAUAAGGCAUUCAGAAGACGCAUUCAAAUACAUGCUGUUGAUAUGUAGUAUUUUACGCUGGUCAUUAUGUGUCAGUAAUGUGACAUUAAUGAGACAAUAGCCACUGCAGGAAGCACUCUGUGAUAAUGUGACUCUCAAUGCUAACAUGUGAGUCUGUAUCAUGUCUUAUUGAUGUCUCAAAUGGUUUAUUUUCUGUCUACUAUAUUGGGUAAUACGAGUGUAUAGUCAAACAUGACUAUAGGGGUGUUAUUUCGUGUCUAGAGGGUUGUAAUAAUGUUAAAAGGUGUAUUUAGAAGGUUGUAAACAGGUUUUUUAUGCUCUAAUUACAAAAGUGUUCCAUUUAAAAAAAAAAGGAAUCCUACUUUGUGGAAAUUCACUUAUCAGGGUUGAGUCUGGAACCAGUUAACCAUGAUAAACGAGGGAUGACUGUUCUAGCUUCACAUAACAAGCGCUUGUGUUGCGUUAGCACUAGCAUCAGUGCCAAAGUGUCUUUUCAGAGUUGUGCAUAACGAUCUUACAAACUUUGCUAAAGCUAAACAGUGAACAGUUUAUUUAUGUUUGAUUGCAUCUUAAAAUUAAACCUCACGCUGAUUUCCUAACUACCUCUCAUGUUGUGUUAGCACUGGUGUCAACACUAAGCUACUUUUCAUUUUUUGCUUUCUUACAAACUAUUA